AUGUUCUCGCCCCGCAGUUACUAUGAUGCCCUGUACGACCGCGGCUUGGGCCCCUCAGGUCCGGACGGCGCCCCCGCGCGCACAGCCCGCGUCCCGCCGGACACGCGGUCCCACCUGAUGAGCGGCGGCGGCGGCGGCGGCGGCGGCGGCGAGGGGCCCCCUCUGAAGCGACGGGGCGGCGUGGUGGACCACCGCGAUGUCAUCUUGGCCCACCAGGCACACAAAAUUCACAGCACGCCGCAGGCCAGAAGAAAAGAAUGGGAGUGA